UGUCAGAGAGAAAGCAGUCCAAGUUGGGACGGACGAGAAAUGGGCCCUCCCACUGCUCUUUCUCUCUCUCUCUCUCUCACACACACACACACACACAGGGGAGAGAAGACGUAAAAUAUCAAGUGGACAAGCGGAAACAUACACAGAGUCACCACCAAGUUCAACCAGACCCAAAGUAAAAAGCCAACUCUAAGACCGUCUCCCAUUGAAAACUACUGUUAGUGAUGUCAGAGUCUCGAGGCCACCAUUCCUCUGUCUCCUCCAUCUCCUCAAUCUCAUUGGUUGAGAUCAAGGCUGAGACUCAUCUAGUCCUCCAGGCAUUUCUCCAACGGACCCUUUCUGCCCCAAUGAAAGAGAGGCCUGGUAGAGUAGGUGGUGCUUACAGAGAGCCCAACAAGUACAGCUCCAGAUCACAACCAAAAGCAAAGGAUGGGUGUGAUUCUCAGGCUGAAGAUGUCGGUUCAGCAGAUGCGAAAAAGACUGGAUUCAAAGACUUCAUAAAGCAGUUGCCACGUCUCAACAACAAACAACGCUCUGCUAAAGAUCCUAAAAGCUCACUUGACAGGGAGAGCACUGCAACAUUUUCCCACAUCACAGACCAAGCAGAGAAGAACAUGUUCCCACAGGAUGAUCUUGCUAUCCCGACCUCUACAUCAGAAGAUGAUGAAAGUGAGAAGAAACCGCAGAAGAAGCUGAAGAAAGCGAAGAUUAGAAAAAAGAUUUCAAAGUUCAUCAGGUUAAAGUUGGAGAGAGAAGACAAAGAGGGGCAUGGAUCCUAUCCCAAUAAGCCUACCACGCCAGUCCACCGAGGACUAGAACCCACCCCACCCAUAAUCUCUCCCAACCACCAUCCUGAGUUCUAUAAUGAGGUAGCAGAGAAGCUGGAAAAGAUUGCACAGAGGUCCACCAGUAUAAAGAAACCGAGUUCUACAGCCCAGCUUUCACAAGAAGUGUGUGACAAAGAGGCAGUUGUGCAGCAGCUUGUUCAAGUGCUCUGUUUGGAGGGAGAUUCUAUCAACACCAAGAUCCAGUCAGACCCUUUCCUGCGCUCCAGCUUUGCUCGUCUUUCUUAUGCAUCAUUUGCCAAGCUUCUAGACAGUGUGAGUCAGGUAUCUGAGGCCCCGCCAUCGGCUAGUCCAACACUGCGACGCAUGGCUGUCACCAUGGAGGUAUCACGGCGGAUAGUGACAGCCACUGGAACAAUGCGCAUGCAGGGCUAUGCAGAGUGCUACAUGGAGACCUUUGCACCCUGGGUAAAGAGUCAUGGAGGAUGGGAGAAUGUAGAUUUGGAGGAGCCUGUAGAAUAUGACUGAGUUCUAAAACCUAUCAAGUGUUUUUUCCAACGAACCACUGGUCAACACUGAAUUCUGGAUCAUCACAUCAAAGUAAGCAAUGGAAAAACCUCAUCUGAGCUGUGACAAGAUCAGUUUCCAGAGGCCUCGUUGAUUCAUGAUGGUCUGGGAUCAGAACGCACUGUCACGUCAAGUUCCUGAUUUGACAUGGUCAGAAAAUAGAAGCUAUUUGUUGUUAAUGAUACGUUUUUUUAAAAUUAAAAUACCUAUUAUUCAGUUUGAAAGUGAUAGAUGCUUUUUAAUGUUUAAUGUGUUUGAAGUUUUUUGUAGCAUUUUAUUCUCUUAUUGUGUCAGUGAUUUAAUUGUCACUACACCUUGCCACACUUGUUUCAGGUCUUUCUAGAAAUUAACAUCAGUAUCUUAAACGGACACCAUGAAGCAGACUCCUGUAUUGAUAUCACAAAGGCGACACUUAAUUAAAGACUUCCAAAAACAUAUUGAACAAAAGUAAAAAUUAUAAACUCAGUUACAAUUUUUUUUUUUAUUGUAACAAAAUGUUAUGUGCAAGAUUAAUUUGCAGACUAAUUUAAGAUGAUUCAUUUUUAGUGCAUUUCUAUGGCUAAUUGGGCAAUAAGAGCGGCAGGUAGACCGGCCACAUGCACCCUGACCCUUCCAUUUCCCAAAGGACAUGUCACUUCUUUCUGCACUGCAGUUCUCAAUGAUACAACCCCUCUUUCUUGGCCUUGGGAGGGAGUAGACAGUCAUAUUGCCUCACUGUUGUGGAAAAUCUGCUGGUCAAUGGUCAACUCACUGGAGACAGUAUUACCUGACUACGCAGUUUCAUAUCUGUUGUGUCUAGAGAGUGAAGCAGCUCUGUCCUUUGACCUUGGCCAUGGCUCCCGCACUUCCCCAAACAGGACAGACAGCUGCAAUACGUCUCAAGGAGGAGACAGUGUCUCCAAAAAUCCAUAACACUCACAAGCUGCUUUACUGAGAGGGUACUGGGUACACAGAGGUUUGUUUAAUACUUUAGGCACCUGGAUCAAUCAGUUGGUAGUGCAUUAACAAGAAGAUGAUCCCUCAGCUGAUUCAUGCACAUAAACAGCCACUUUUUUAUUGUUGAUGUUGUUUGUUAGUUUGUUUGUUUGUCAGCAGAAACAAGCUGUGAACACAAACUCUGUAUCCCCUCUGUAUUUGGUGUCCACCACCUCCUGAAGGAAAUAUCUGGCUCUUCAGCUGAUAAAUGCUCCACUAUGUUCACUGCUGUCUGCUGUUUGAUGCCGAGUGGACAUAGCCUCAGGGAGUUUUUUUCAGUUGUUUCUCAAAAGACAACUGCUGCUGCCAAGUACGACACUAUAAAACAAGUUAGAAUUAAGCAGAAGAAUAAAGUUGUGGUCUUCCACAGAUUAAAAUGAUAACUCUGUCAGUUCACUACCACUGUGUCCUUUUACAAUAACACAUUGUUUUCACAUCCUCAACUGAUAAAUUGCAAAGGCAAAGUCUAUUAUCUAAUAAACAACAAAGGGUUGCCCUGCCACCAAAUCUCAAUUUUCCUGAUUAAAACAAUCUGUCACUGUCAAGUUCAUUGACCCACAGGUCUAUUUGAAACACCACUGUACACACUGUUAAGUUUACAUGUUUACAUCAUUUAUGUUUGAUGGAGUCAAGUCAAAUAAUAUGAACAACUGUUUAUUUUAUAUUGUUUUUAAUAUAUUUUAUAUUAACUCUCAGGCAGAGGAUGCACAAAGGGUGGAGUGCAGGGAUGUGAUGUGACACGUUUUUUGGACUCCCUUUGAUCCUUCAUAAACCAGAUGCAACCCUGCAUGGCUUUAUAAGAGUAGGAAAGAAAGCAGACCAGUGCAAUAUCUUCUCAUUAACAAGAGAUAUAGGAAAAUGGGGCAGGGAGGGAAACAAAAAUAACAGAAGUGAGAAAUGUUUCAGUUCAAAUCAACUAGACACAACCAAUCUCAAGAAUUCUAUGUUUUAAUGAAAUGGGGACUAUUUAAUAGAACCAGGGAUUAUUGUAAUGACAGACUUGCUCUGUUGACCUGCACUAACAACACCUGCAUUCAGUGUCUUAAAAUGUUUGACAAGUGUAUCCAUGAUAAGGCAUGAGGUACUCAACCUAACACCUUAGUCUGGAUAUGAAAAAAUGAAACCACACCUGACCUCCUGAAUGUGGGCCGUGAUGAAGUUGCAUGUGUUCUACAUUGUAUCAUUAUUGUUAUUAUCAUUAUUAUUAUAGGAAUAUAUUCAUGACUUGAGUGUCUGUACACACACUUUUAUUGUAAAUUUACAAGUCAUUUAUGAACUUCAAAGGUGUCUGACUCACUGUACAGACAGGAUAUGAGAAAAUGAUGAUUUCACAUAUGUUUACAUAUAUAAUGAAUUGAAAAUAAUGUGUAUGUUUCUGUAAGAUCAGAUUUUUUUAAGCUCUGUAAAUCAGUUUUUUCUUUAAAUUCUUUUAUAUAAAAGCAUCUUCAAAAACUA